UUUUAUGCUCAGGCAACUUUUUGUAGGCCCUGGUUGUAGGUUGUGAUUGUGAUCAAUUUAGCAUUUUUAUAGUCCUAAUCAUGGCAGAAUUGUUACUCGAUCCUAAUAUUCGAGGAUGGGUAUUUUUGCCAAUAGUUGUGAUAACGUUUCUCGUAGGCAUAAUACGCCAUUAUGUAUCUAUUUUACUUGCAUCACAGAAAAAGGUCGAGGUUCAUCAGGUGCAAGACAGCCAAGUGAUGAUAAGAUCACGACUCCUUCGUGAAAAUGGACAGUACAUUCCCAAAACUGCUUUUCUUAUGAGACGAUACUUUUUCAACAAUGCUGAAACUGGUUACUUUAAAACACAAAAACGACCACCAGUAUCGCAGAAUCCUAUGACCGAUCCAAGUAUGAUGACAGACAUGUUGAAAGGCAACGUUACUAAUGUCUUGCCUAUGGUACUCAUUGGUGGAUGGAUUAACUGGAUGUUUUCUGGUUUUGUAACAACCAAGGUACCAUUCCCGUUGACACUGCGCUUCAAACCCAUGUUGCAACGGGGCAUAGAAUUAGCAACUUUGGAUGCUGCAUGGGUAUCUUCGGCAUCUUGGUAUUUUCUAAAUGUAUUUGGACUUCGUUCAAUCUAUACUCUGGUGCUGGGAGAAAAUAAUGCAGCGGACACGUCGAGGUUGCUGCAAGAUCAGGUAUCUGGGGCUGCUAUGUCCAUGCCUCCUGAUCCAAAAGCUGCGUUCAAAUCGGAAUGGGAAGCGCUCGAGAUUUGUGAGCACAAUUGGGCGCUCAAUGGCAUCGAUCUUGAGUUCACAGGUGUCGAUGGCAAAACUGAUAGUACCGAAAAUAUAUACCAUCAAAGUAAAUCAAAUUAGGUCUAUUUAUAAUCAUGAUUAUUGUCAUCACUCUUAUUAUAAGCUACAUCUUUAAAAAGCAUUUAUUUAUAAAACCAACUUGAUAAGUUA